AUGCCACCCUAUCCUGCUGAACUCAAAACCUGGUGGUUAGGGAUAGGCUAUGAGGCCCUUAAACAAUUGGUCAACGGUGAAUCAGAUGAUCUCGACUCUCGACAGUGUGGUUUUGCGCAGCAGAUGCAAACGAGGCUUUUGGCAUUCGACAACGACCAAACCAUUCAAGCCUCUAUUCAAACAGCCUGGCCAGCCAUCCGUGCAGCAAGAGGAGUCGACUAUGACGCGAAUAGUCGCAAGAAUUCCAAGUACAUAGCGUCCAAUAUCUUUCGGAAGCCCCAUGAUGGAGGCAUUGACUUCGAACGCGCCAUGGAUGGCCUUGGCUACCUCGAUGCCAUCGAAAUUCGUCGCCUCCGCCUCCUUGAAGCCACCCAUGCUGCCAUGGAGACCAUAUCACCGACAGAAAGUCAACUACAAAUGCUCCAAGAGCUUGACAGGACUUCUACCGCAAACUUUCGGCUGCUACACGCCGGUUUCAGGGCCUUUAUCCUUAUCGAAGAAUUGACAAAAGACCCCGAGUGCAGAAAGGAGAUCCCUCAAAUUAUGGGAAUAUUCAAUGCUCUUGUGCCUUCAGAUGUGUUUCUCGAAGACGAAGAUGAUGUCGAUCCAACCCCACACUCACCGGGUCUUCGCGACAGUGUUCGGUUUUCUGUCUUUGAGCACCUGAUGUCUGAUCAGCCCUUCUCUCCUCAGCAGCAAGAAAUCAUCAAAAUGAAACUGUCUGGCUGGUGCGAGGUCCCAGGGUAUCCUCAAGCCAGAGAUGCUAUGGUGAGAUACUGUGAAGAGUUCAAGAAGCUGGAAGGUGUGUGCUUAGCGAUCAUGAGCGAUCUUGAACGAAAAUCGUUCCGCGUCGGACCGUAUCAUGUAUCAUCUACAACCUCGUCCACGGUGUUUAAUACAGACAAUUCACGAAGCUCUGGGUUUUCAGCAAAUACAACCCAGAGCGCAAGCGCUAUUUUCACACUUGCGACUUCAAAUGACAACCAGGGCUCUGCGCCGACGACACCCUUAAGCCCUUGGGUCGUAUCGACUUCGCAUCCUCUACUAAAAGGAAUGCCUGGAAGAGAAAUGAGCCCAGCUAAAACGGAUGGUGCUCUUUUCUCUCAAGAUCUCAGCGCAUCACCCGUCCUGUCCUAUCCUGAUAAUCUCUCCAAAACAGAGUUUUUUCAGCACCCAUUCACCCGAAAGCUUGACAUGUUACCAGUCGAACAAGCCACUUUGGGUCUUGUCCUGCCCCGAGAAAUUGACAGUCGAGAUUUCUAG